CACGGGCAUGCUUGAAGUAAAAACUAUGUGUUACAGACAUGAAGAUAUAAUAGUGCAGUGCAGGAAUUCAUUCAGUCAAUGGAGACAGCAUCCAGAUGCAAAAAUGGGUAACCAAAUUUUCUAAGAUUUUAUGUUGAAACCACAAAGGGAGUGUUUAAUUCUUUCUAGUUUACUUAUUUAAUGCCAGGGUAAAUAUGGAUUAAUCUACUUUUAAACCAGUGGACUCUGUGGAAUAUUUUACAUUGUAUAACCCCAUGGCAAGCACUAACAGAUGACAUGCAAAGGCAUUUCAGAACAGACUGCCAAGUCUCAGUCUCUAUCAAAUCCUUAGGCCAGGUAUAGAGCACAGAUUGUCAGAGGGCAAGGGGUGGCAUAUAAAUAAGGAAAACAUCUUUUAAUUUUUCAGCAUGUACUCUAAGUUGUAUUAUAUUGCAGUUACAAAUAAAGUUAAAGCUAUUUUGUAAUUAAUCCAGAAUAUAGUUCGUUGUUGGGUAGAAGACAUUUGUGACCAGAAAAUAUUCUCAAUUUUACCCAUCAAUUCUGGACUCUGUGUGAGCACCUCAAGUGACGAAAAAUGUAAAAUAUCUGUAUUGAUUCUUCUGUAUAUUGACCAGACAGCAAUAGGGAACCACAUAGUGAGAACAUGUGAGACAAAACAUGAACCCACAAACAACAACUGAAGAGAAACUCUUCAGAAUGCCUUAAAGGAUCAUUUAGUUCCAUAGAUUGUUGCUCCCUGUUUUUUUUUUUUUUUUUUUUUUUUUUUUUUUUUUUUUGGUCAAAUUACAUUCCAUGUACAUAUCUGUGAAAGUGAGAAAUUGCUGUAGCAGAGAAUGAGACAUUGGAAUAUGGCAUGUUGAAGUGCCACAGAUCCCUUAGAGGUCUUUUGUUAUUGGAUACUAGGAAAUUGCAUGUCCUCUGAGAUGUAAUGGUGUUGAAACUUCUUCAUAAUGACAGCAAUAAGGGUAUAUAACUAUCAGUUUGUACUCUUUAGCCCUUCUGAGAGUGUAUAAAUUGAGGAAAAUAGUUAUAGAACUGUAUAUUAGCACUUUGUUAUUUCUCUAUGCAGGGCCGUGCACAGACAUUUUGAGGAGCAGGUGCUCAAGGGAAAAAAAGGGCACCCCUUUUAUAAUUAUUUAUAAAACGUAAAGUUGCAUAUUGUUAUAUGUAAUGUUAUGAGAUUAAUGUUCUAAAUAUAACAUUUUGAAAUAAUAUGUUUGGAAAAAUGAAAUGAUACUAUGAAACUAAAACCGCUAAUAUGUGGAGGCAGUCGUAAUAAGUGAAUCACUGAAUCAUUCAUUCAACCGUUUCGAUCAAACUGGCUGAUUCUUUCAUGAAUGGAUCAUUGAAUCAUUAACUCACCCGAUUUGUUCAAAAAUGGUGAAUCAUUCAAGAACAAAACACCACUAUGUGUUGCUGGGAUACACCAUUUUUCUGCUUUUCUUGGAACUAUUUCUAUUGGCAAAAUAGUGCAGAAAGUGGGAGGGGCUUGUGGGGUCUCGCAGGAUUAUUAAGAAUGAGCUGUCACACUGAGAAUUGAUGCCAUGUGUUAAAUUUAUACAGAAACUAAAAAGUCUUGCAAAAAGGGCACUUGUCUAGUCAGAGGCCAAAAGGGCAGGUGCUUCAACACUACUUGUGGUCUAUCUGUGCACGUGCCUGACUCUAUGCAAAUAAUGCUAAUGCCAUUGCACCAGUAAUCUGUGGUAUGCAGGCUGCAUAAAGAUCUACUUUCUGGUGGUUUAUUUAUUACUUUUGCCCCUCUUGUAUUUGCUUCUCUGUUAUGUUUUUUUCCCCCUUUUUUAUCUUCUGGAAUUUAAUCUAACACUAAUAUGCCAUUACACAUGCUAUGCUAAUGUGCAGUUACACAUUACCCAUGCUAAUUUGAGGAUGGCACACAACGAGAGUAAAAGGGAAGUAUGCAAAUUCAAACCCAUCAUUUUCCUGCAGUCUGGUUAAGUGACUUUCACUACAAUAUGCAAUCCACUGACUAGCUAUUAUGAUCGCACAGUCUCUCAGCCGCUGCAUCGUGGUGCUGAGAUCUAAUUUGAUAAAACACAAGUUCAAACUGAGAGGCUGUGAGCACAGUGGAAGAUGAUAUGAUGCAGCUAAUUUGCUUAAAGGUGAUCAGUGUGUGUGUGUGUGUGUGUGUGUGGUUGUGGUGGUGGUGAUAGUGGUGGGGUGUAAAGCCUAUGUUAUGGGGACAACAUUUCCAAAAUCCUUACCCUUGUGGGGGCAUUUUUUGGUCCUAAUGAGGAAAAAAGCUUAUACAUCAUACUAAGUGACGUUUUAGUGAAAAUCUAAAAAUGCAGAGAGUUUUCUGUGAUGGGUAGGUUUAUAUAAAAAUCAUGUCUAUGGAAAGUUCCCAUAAAACAUGGAAACCCAACAUUUUUCUAUUCUAUUUUCUAUUUUGCUAUACUGUAUGGUUUUAUAAGACGCAUACCUUUAGCAUCAAUAGAAAAAAUAUAUAUUUUCUCUUCCUUUGAAAAGUUGACAAUCCUAUUUGUUUUGCUAUCCAUGCAUUAUUACAUUAAUUGUAUUUUAUUAUUUGUAAUAAGCAUUGAUUUUUCUUUUUUUUUUUUCAUUUUGUGUGUUGGCACUAAAGAAUAGUCUAUAUAUAAGAAACAAAUACAGAAUAACAUACAGAUGUUUCUUCCAUUCAAUUGGGUGAGCAUGUCUAUUAAAUAGAGUACUACAUUUUAAGCAAUUAUGUAAUUUAGUUUAUCGAAUGCCCUAGUUAUCGCCAUGAAACAUCUUAAGCAGAGGUUCAGGGAAAAUUGGAAAUACAGCAGUGAAUACAAAGAGUCAUUAUGACCACUACGUACAUUACAGCUAAUUGCUUUAGGGAGCAGAAAAAUAAUGCCAAUUCAGAGAGGUCUAUCUUAAAAAAAAUAGAGAAGUACAUCAAGGCUGAAGUAACUUUUACCUUGAUACAAACAUCGACUGAACAGAUGUAAAACACCUUAAAGAACAGGCUGCUGGCAAUGCAUAGAAUGCUAUUAUUGAUCAAUGGCUACAGCUUCAGCGGCCUGUACAAUUCAUUAUAAAGAUGGUGUCUCUAAAUCUUUAAUCAUACUCAACUCAAAGGGCCCAGAUGUAGAAGUACAGUAUUUGCUGCAUGUUUACCAAUUUAACACCCAAGUACUGUUUUCAUUUCAAUCAAUAAGCAUGAGAUCAAGCAAACAACUCAGAUGCCCCUAUACUGAUAAUUAGCUAUUUUGCUCUAAGUCUCUCGUUUUACACAAACUGAAUUUGAUCCUGAUACAUUGAGAUGACAGUAAGUCAGAAUUUCUGGCUCAUAAAACAAUGUGAGUAACGAGUAUCCAUUCAUAUUUUAUUAAUAUUAGAAUUUUUUUAAUAUAAUCCAUUUGCAGUUGAGAUGCUGGUAUGGUGCAGUUCUGUAACCUGAGUUAAUUAUCAACAUUACCACUUAAAUCAAAAAACCCUCAACAAGCCCUGCUGUUGGUUAGGACUGAAUCUAAUUGUGAUGUGCAGUAAAAUAGAAUUAUAACAUUCAGUGUCAUUGCUUGCACUUACAAUGGCCUCUUUAAUCUGGAGAAAUAUCUAAAUUCAUGAUCCAGAUAUGUGGAAUUAGGAUAAUGUUUGGGUGGAAAGCGAUAAGCUCUUUUUGAUUUAAAUUUCAUGUGUAAUCAUACAUAACACAUAGAUAUGGGGGCUAGGGACAAAAAAACCUGUAACCUUCUUAAUCUGACAAUGCCCUUAAUAUCUAACUACUAGCCAUUGGCAAUAAUAGACAGACAGCAUAUUUGUACAUUUAAAAUGCUAGCUAUAAUGCACUUGAUGUACUUGCACUGCACUUGCUAUAUGUAAUUUAUUUGCGAAUGUGUAGUGUUUAACUUUUUUUUAAUAGUAUUUUUCUGUUUUGUUUUCACUUUAAUGUGUGUGUGGGCAAAAAAAAAAAAAAAAAAAAAAUCAUGAAGUGAUAAAUAAAGGUUUGAUGUCAAACAACUAGUUUUAAAUAUUAUACAUCUAUAGCCAACAAAUGAUGUAAGCCUAUAUUAUUUUAUAUAAUUUUUUUGCUGUUUUGUGAAUUUUGUGUUUGAUAGUUUUUGUACUGUUGAGCUGACAAGCCUAGAAUAGUCUCAUGCUACAUUGUGACAAGCCUCGCCCCUAUUUACACAACAUCUCAACUUUUUUUUUUAGCUUUAUGUUUUAGUAGCUUUUGUAGCCACGACUAAACGCUAUAAAACAAACAUACCCUGAAAAAAUAUUCACUUAAAAGUCUGACAGUUAGACCUGGUCUCGUCUGUUUAUAAAACAAUAAAGGUUUUUCUUCACUUGUUCGCUUACAUGACGCGUCGUAUCCAAGGCUCUCCGCACUCCGUUCCAGUGAAGGGGCCGGACUCCGCUCCGGGUUUUGCUCCCUCACUGCUCUAUACAUCGCGUCUCCUCACUCCUGCAUUGCUGUAGCAGCAGAUGUUCGCGCGCUGAAGCCAAUAUCCACCGUUCUCUUUACCGGAGCAAGUAUUCUGCAGCGGAGAGUGAGAAGACGUAUAAGAGCGAGGACGUUUGCUCUCUCUCUCUCUCUCUUCACACGUCUGGAGUGUGUAUGUGGGUGAGUGAGCUGAAGAAAUUAGAGUGGCGUCUUUAUUUACCACACCUGUGAUGCGCUGCUGUCUCUGAGCAACGAAGACGCACUGAUGGCCAAGGUACAGGAAGAGGAUACGUGUUGAAAAAGGACUUAUAAAUGCGCUGAUCGGUGUAAUAUUACAAAAAAACUAAACCCAGCCAUAAAGCAGAUACUCCUCGCAGCUCAUUGAGUUGAUAUUACUGAAUUAAACUUGAACGAGAAGGUGAUAAAGAUGCCGUUACACCUGGGUCCCUUUGUCCGCUGGAGAUCCGGGCUUGUACUCACAUGGAUCUGCUUGUUUUCGUCCGGAUUUACCUUCAUUGGUGGAGAGCACGCGGCCACUGUAACGCAUCCACUUCCUGCGGCCUUCUCUGACCUGCUGCCACACUUCCUGGUGGAGCCUGAUGAUGUUUAUAUCGUUAAGAACAAGCCUGUGACCCUCACCUGCCGCUCGACCCCUGCCACUCAGAUCUACUUCAAGUGCAAUGGCGAAUGGGUUCACCAGGAUCAGCACUUGAUCGAGCGUGAUGUGGAUCCUGCCACAGGGCUGCCGGUGAUGCAGGUGAAGAUUGACAUCUCCAGACAGCAGGUGGAGAAGAUCUUUGGUCUGGAGGAUUACUGGUGUCAGUGUGUGGCCUGGAGCACUACAGGAACCCAGAAGAGCCAAAAGGCAUAUGUGCGCAUCGCCUAUCUGAGGAAGAACUUUGAGGAGGAACCGCUGGGUAAGGAAGUGGCACUUGAUCAGGAAAUCCUUCUGCGCUGUCAUCCUCCUGAAGGUGUGCCUCCUGCUGAGGUGGAGUGGCAGAGAAACGAGGAGCUGAUCGACCCCAAGACUGACCCCAAUUUCUUCAUCACCGUGGACCAUAAUCUCAUCAUCAAACAAGCCCGCCUGGCCGACACAGGGAACUACACCUGCGUGGCCAAGAACAUUGUGGCUCGACGCAAGAGCUCCUCGGCUACUGUGAUUGUCUAUGUGAACGGUGGCUGGUCCACGUGGGCCACAUGGUCGGCCUGCAGUGCUGUCUGUGGUCGGGGGUGGCAGAAGAGGAGCCGGAGUUGCACCAACCCCACUCCCCUGAACGGCGGGACGUCCUGCGAGGGCCAGAGCGUCCAGAAAAGUGCCUGCACUGCCACCUGUCCAGUGGAUGGUGGCUGGAGCGAAUGGAGUAAGUGGUCGCCAUGCGGAGCCGACUGCACCAUGUGGAGGAGUAGAGAAUGUACCCAACCUACGCCCGGCACUGGUGGGAAGGACUGUCAGGGCCUGGAUCUUCAGUCACUCAAUUGUACCAGUGAGCAGUGCCCUCAGACGGCGUCAGGUCCUGAGGACGUGGCCCUGUAUGUGGGAAUCGUGGUGGUGGCUCUCUGUCUGACUUUGCUGCUGAUCAUACUGGUGCUGGUUUACCGCAGGAAGAAGGAAGGUCUUGAUGCAGAUGUGGCCGACUCCUCCAUCCUCACCACUGGCUUCCAGCCCAUGGGCAUAAAGCCCACCAAGCCAGGUGUGUGGGCACCGCGCAGGGCAGCCCGCAGCAAAAACUCUCAUUUGCUCACCAUCCAGCCUGAUUUGACCACCACCACCACUAGCUACCAGGGAACUCUACGUUCUCGACACGAAGUCGCCGGGAAGUUCUCCAUGAGCAACGGCCCCCUCCUGGAGCCCCUUCCCAACGGCUCCCACACGCUGCACAACGGCAAACUGCCCAGCGACCCCAACGACUUCAUGAACCGCCUUUCUUCUCAGACAUAUUUCAAAACGCUACCGAGAGACAACGUCAACACCUCCUACGGCACUUUCAAUUUCCUGGGUGGCCGCCUAACCCUCCCCAACACUGGAAUCAGCCUGCUCAUCCCGCCAGAGGCCAUUCCCAGAGGGAAGAUUUAUGAGAUUUAUCUCACCAUUCAGAAGAAGGAAGACAUGAGAUUGCCCCUGGCUGGGUGUCAGACGUUGCUGAGCCCCGUGGUGAGCUGCGGCCCGCCCGGUGUGGUGCUCACCCGGCCAGUCAUCCUCAGCAUGGACCAUUGCUCUGAUGCGUGCCUGGAGAACUGGGCCAUCCGUCUCAAGAAGCAGUCAUAUGAGGGAACGUGGGAGGAUGUACUUCAGCUGGGUGAGGAAGUGGUGUCGGAGCCGUACUACUGCCAGCUGGAGGCGGAGACGUGCCGGGUGUUUACUGAGCAGCUGGGCCGUUUUGCUCUGGUCGGGGAGUCCCUCAGCAUGGCUGCUGCUAAACGCCUAAAACUGCUGCUCUUUGGUCCCGCCUACUGCUCCACGCUGGAGUACAACAUCCGCAUCUACUGCAUGGACGACACACAGGACCUACUAAAGGAGGUGAUGCAGAUGGAAAGACAGCUGGGAGGUCGACUGAUUGACGAGCCUCACGUCCUGCUCUUCAAAGACAGCUACCACAACCUCCGCCUCUCAAUUCACGACAUGCCACAGGCGCACUGGAGGAGCAAACUACUCGCCGGCUAUCAGGAGAUCCCAUUCUACCACAUCUGGAGCGGCUCUCAGCGGACCCUGCACUGCACCUUCACACUGGAGAGACAGAGCCUGAGCACCUGUGAUCUCACCUGCACGCUGUGUGUGUGGCAGGUAGAAGGAGAGGGACAGAGCUUCACCCUGGACUUCAACAUCUCAAAGGACAUCAGACCACUGGACUCUGAUUUCCUGUUGAUGGACAACUGUACCCCUGCCCUGGCCGGUCCGAGCGCAUUCCAAAUCCCUUACCUUAUCCGACAGAAGAUCUGCAGCAGUCUGGACACCCCCUGUCCCAACGGAGCAGACUGGAGACUACUGGCCCAGAGACUGAAGCUUGACAGGCACAUGAGUUUCUUCGCGUCCAAAGCGAGCCCCACAUCAGUGAUUCUGGACUUAUGGGAGGCCCAGCACUUCCACAGCGGAAAUCUCAAUCAGCUCGCCGCUGUGAUGGCUGAGAUUGGCAAGCAGGAGGCCAUGAUAUUCCUGGUGUCAGACGGGGAGUGCUGACACAUUAAAACUGGAGCAGAGCGGCCGUCUCUGAGCGAUGGGGUGGGGGGAAGGACGCGACCCUCUGCCCGCCCCACCAGAGAUGAGAAACAAAUCAAAGAACAGGGUUUACCCAACUAUAUGAGGCCACUUCCCCAGUGAAUAGGGAAUAAAAGAAGAAAAAAAAAAUAAAAAUACAAAAAAAAAAACCAAGACCAGGCUCAGGAGGAACCUGGCAGGGCUUUUAGAUGUACUGUGACUGAGACAAAUGCCCCUUUCUCAGAACAAAAAUCCCAUUUGUUUUGAAAAUAAUGGUGUAUAGAAACUCCCAGAUUCUAUGAUUCUGGUCCUGCCCUCAGUCACUGACCAAUAUGUACUUUCUAACCACAUUUGUGUUAGGCACAUUGAUAUAUUAAUAUCAGACUGGAAACUAAAACGAAUCGUUUUAAAAGAUAUCAAGUGGAAAAUAUAGGUAAGGUGAAUAUUUUGCGAACUAAUUCAGAUUUGUGACAUGCAUUUUGUAAAUGUGUACCAUUUAGCAAUAUGCAAGCACACAUAUCGAUGACAAUUUCCUUUGGCCGACACGUUUCUUACCUCGCGAAGCAUUUAAAAUUUUCGAGCGUUUGCUAAAUUUCAGGUCGAAAACAUUACAGAGCGAAACGUUUUUGGUGAGAGCCAUCACUUGUUCUUCUGCCCCUGUGCACUUAACAUGUCUGUUCGACUUCAUGAAGCCAUAAAGUCCAAAAUUCACCUCAAUGCAACGAUAUACGUUCUGAUCCGGGUGGAUAAUCGGUAAAUAAGCACAGGAUUCUGUGGAUGUUUAGCUGCUGAAGAAAAGACAUCUGGGAUGGGGGAUCAGGGACCUCAAACAUUCAUAACUGUCUUGAAAAACAUCACAUUUGUUGUUGUUUUCAACAGACUUUUGAGAUCAGAUGUUCUGAAAAGCAUUUUUUCAUGUCAAUGAAACCCCUUAAAGUGUAGAAUGAUGGAAUCUUUUGGAUUUAUAUUCUUCGUUUAUAAAGGAGGAAGAACAAAUGUUCCCUGUUGGAAAGGUUUUCUUCUUUUAUAAACAGAAAAUGCAAUACUACCAAAUGCUAUUCUCCUUCAUAUUUAAUGAGUCUGUGUUUCUCUGAAAGCCAUUUUGGCUGCAGGGCAAAUUCUUAUUCGUAGGAGAAAGAAUAUUUUCAUCAACCCUUAAAAAGCAAAUGUUCCAUCCAAGAAAACUUCAUCGACACUCAGCAGCUGACGUGUUUUUCGAAAUUCCUCCAUCACACGCGUGGUUUCUUUCUGUCACGGCCUGUAGAAUGGCAACACGUCUCAGCCCCGCAUUUGGCGCCAUGAAUGUGCAUUACACAGUUUGAAGAUUGUCCGAAUUUUUUUUCUUUCUUUUUUCUUUUCUUCUCUCUCUCUCUCUCUGUUUGAAUGUGAGAGUAUUUCAUUCCAAAUGAAGGAGGAUUUGUGAGAAACUGUGGAUCACAAAUUGGACGUGUUCAUCUUGACCAGUAAUUACAGCCACGUCUGAAGAGAUGAUUGAAGGAGCCCGGCACAUUCUCUCCACAGCAAGUGGAAAUACACAGGCCUGUUUCACUCAGCUAACAGAGAACUCAAGUUAAAUGCCAUAUUGUGCACAUACUGUGUUUUUUGUUCUUGUUUUUUUUUUUUUUUGUUGUAUGGUAUGUUUCCUUAAAGGGUUAGUUCACCUAAACAUGAAAAUUCUGUCAUUUAUUACUCACCCUCAUGUCGUUCCAC